AUGCCAGAGGGAUACAUGAACGAGAUUGGGUAUACUGCAGAUCGCUUCGACAGCUUUGACGAAGAAGAUGACUUUCUCGACGUCCAGCAAAGUCAUAAGUACCAGGUCGUGUUCGCCCUGCUGUCGUCCAUCCUUCUCCUCUACACUCCAACGCCAUCACCGGAACCGUCACAUCUUCAGCUGCAACUGAAAGAUCCAGAAUAUGCAGGAAGAGGACUUAGGUCUCAUUCAUUGAGGAAGUUGUCUUGCCUCCUGACCGCAGACGUGGCAGCACUGAGCUUUGACCAUCUACUGAAUUGCUUCGGACAGCUUAAAUUCCAGCCAAUGAGUGAAUCAUCACAAGAUCACAAACCGAUCAUUGCCAGCAAUAUCAACUACUAUAUACUAUCCAAGGUCACCGGCAUUCGUGUGGUCUGGGUUGACUGUCUGAGUCUCCAUCUCGAAUUCGACAGGCGCAGCAUGACCCUGAAACUGUUCCGAUUUCCCUCAUUCUGUGCCAUGCUUGCUAUCCCAAGAGAAUCGAAGGCUACGAUUUUUGACAGCAUCUUCCAAAGCCAAAAGGGUGAUUUCGAGUCCUACCACACAAAAGCUCAGAACUCGACCGUAUAUAGUCAGGACUUCUUUGUUGAGGUCUUAUGCUCAUACAGAAUUCUGUUCAGCCAACAAAAGAACGCCCGAGAGCUAUAUUCCGAGCAUUUCCGAGUGUCAAGCUCCCGACAAGCAGACCACGAGGUAGAUCCCCUUCGAGAUCAAAUCUGCGGCAUGCCAUCACACAGCAAUGUCUUGUUUGAUCAGAUCGAAGCCUUCCCAGAGAAGUCCACCUACUGGUCUGAUUCCGAUUUUCCCAAUCUGGGGGAUAGACUGUUGGAACUCCAAAACUUUGUCGUCUCCCAGGACUCGGGCACUUUUAGAGCCCUCUGGUACGAUGUGAGAGACCUGAACCGAUUCUGGACGUUUUGGGCCGUGGUCGUAUUUGGCGUCACGUCCAUCAUUUUGUCUAUGAUCCAGACUGUUCUCGCCGGACUGCAGAUCAGAUGUUGA